AAGCCUUAUUUUCCGACCUUCAAAAAGAAGGAUUCUGCAUUCAUAUAAAAUACCAAAAGGGCCAUUUGAGGCGAACUUCACAUACCGUUGCUUUUCUGACUCCAUCACCCCCACCCCAACCCACACCCAAACAUAGCAAAAGGACCACCCUAAUUGAAUCAAGCACAACACAUUCUAAGACCUCCAUUCAUGAACCUCUCUCCUCCCUCCCAUUUAUAUCCCUCCCCUCCAUUUCUCACUCCUCAUUCAGCACACAUGUCUGUGAGAGAAAACAUGGAGUCCUUGAAGAAAAUAGCUAAAAGGGUCCAGAGCCUCGGCCGCCGAAAAACUCGAUACGAGUGCCUUUUCGACGCAUCGGGAGACACCCCUGUCACGACACCGCCAGGUUGUGUGGCAGUUUAUGUUGGGGAGGAGCGCCGAAGGUACGUUGUUCCUAUGAACUUCCUGUCUCAUCCCCUGUUUAGGAUGUUGUUAGAGAAAGCUCAAGAUGAGUUUGGGUUCGAUCAAAAAGAAGGUUUAGUGGUGCCUUGUUCUGUGUUCUCGUUUGAGCAAGUUGUGUGUGCUAUAGAGAGCUCUCAUGGACAAUUCGAUUUGCAAGAGUUUGUUGAGGAGUUUGCCUCUUGAUUCAAUAGCAACAGGUGCUUAUGGUGUAAUUCACAGAGAGAGAGAGAGCGAGGCAAUCACAUGUUGUACUAUAGAUGUUUUAUUGGACAAUGGAUCCAAGAAAGGGCAGAAACUUGAAAGAGAUUAUCUGUUAUUGAAGAUGAUAGUGGAAUUCUCAAUAUGGGUGUAGCCAUAUUUUAUUGGAAUGCAAUAUUUGCAGUAGAAUCUGUCUUUGGUCUUGGCCUCUCUUAUAACAGGGCACUUCACCUCA